AUGGCAAAUCUGCUCUCUCUACCAAUCGAAAUCCUUUGUCAGAUCGCCCAGCAUGUCCCCACUGGAGAUUUGAAGAACAUGCGUCUCGUUUGCAAGUCGCUCCACAACGCUGCAAACAGACCUUUCGGCCUCGCGUACUUCACCGAUCGCCGUCAUGUCCUGUCUAUGAGCAGCAUCAAGGCCCUGCCAGAGAUUGUGACCCACUCAGGCUUGGGUCCGUACGUCAGCUCGGUUACGAUGAUCGCCCUAUCUCCUCUAUCACAGGACCCCUACGAUUCCUCUCAAAUGAGCCUUCUGGAAGCAUUCGUCAAUUCACGCAGGUACAUGCGUUUGAUGAAGCAAGUGUUUGACAAGAUCCUCAAGUACCAACGUUCUGUCCACAUCGGCAUCUCUGAGCCGGACCUUGGACAAGGCCUUGGCUGGAAACUUCAACAAGCCUUUGGCUGGGACGAUAUGAUGACCGCUGCCUUGAACUACGACCACUGUCAUAUGGAGACGCUCGAUAACACCCUUCUUGCUGCAAUUCGAGCCAACUGUCACGUCCGCUCUCUCGAGUUGAGCAUGCACCACUACAAGUUCAAGACCCUUCAAGAGGCUCUGGAAGAUCUUCUCAACCCUACCCGCCCACCUCUCAAACUGACCAUCCAUUGCGUCCGCAAGCGCACCCGAGAACUCCACAGCCCUUAUACGAUCACCUACGACCAAUCAAACGGAUCUUUGAAACUGACUGGCUGCGACGUGUACGAGCUUGCGAGAGCAAAAGCAGGAUCUACCAUCAAGCUUACAUUCGCUUUCUUGCUCUCUCAGACCACCAAGCUCAUCCUCGAGGACUGCCACCUUUGCUCAGCAGAAAGAUUCCGCGCCUUUCUUGAACUCGAUGCCAAUGCUCUCCGCAAAAAUCUGACCAGCGUUCGCAUGCAGCACUUCCGUCCCUGCCGUUCGCCUGGAGCUGAUGCAAGACGUCACUGGUCAGGGAUCCUAGAGUCACUGUCUGAGCUCCAUGGCCUGAAGUACUUUGUGAUCGAGGGACUCAACCGUCCUCGUGAUUGGAAGCUGUUCCAUCUUCCUAUUACCACCGAGAAGCAUGAGAUCAGUGGAGAUGAUGUGGCUAACCAGCUCGAGGCCAUGGCUACUCUCGUGGCUACAGAGCCUCAGUCGCAUGCCUCUAAUGCCAUCACUAGCGCCGACAUCGAUGCAAUCGAUGCGCUGAUUGACUCCAAUGGCGGCAUGCAAGCUCUCUUCGCACUCAACACGAACAUUUAA